AUGAAAAUAAAGGAUUUUAAUAUAGAAUGUGAUAAUUUAAAAAUAGAGGAAAAUGAAUUUUCAAAAGGUUCAUUUGCCAAAGUUUAUAAAGGAAGUUAUUAUGGUAAUCCAGUUUGUGUUAAAGUUAUUAAAAAAGAUACACUCAUUGAUAAAGAAUCUUGGGUAUUUUUAAAAAGAGAAAUUGGUAUUUUAAAAAAUUUAUUAAAUCAAGGUCAUAAAAAUAUUAUAAGAUUUAUAGGUAUUGGUGAAAAAGAUUCUUUAUUAUUUUUAGUUACAGAAUUAAUAAAUGGUGGUGAUUUGGGUAAUAUAUUAUUAGAUCAUAAAUUUCAUAUACCAUGGUCAUUAAGAGUUAAAAUUGCCAAAGAUAUAGCAGAAGGUAUGGAAUACCUUCAUUCAAAACAAAUAAUGCAUAGAGAUUUAAAAUCAAAUAAUUUAUUAUUAGGGAGAAAUUGGACUAUAAAAAUUUGUGAUUUUGGAUUUGCAAAAGAAAUUACAAUUCAAAAUCCAUUAUCAAUGACAAUUUGCGGUACAGAUGAAUUUAUGUCACCAGAGGUUAUUUUAGGUAUUCAAUAUAGUUAUUCAGCAGAUAUAUAUAGUUUUGGUAUGGUGUUACUUGAAUUGAUUACCCGUAGUAAAUUGGAUGAACGUUUACCACAAAAUAAUUUCGAUAUUGAUUAUGAAGAGCUUCAAAAUAAAAUACCAUCGGAAUGUCCACGAGAAUUUUUAGAAUUAUCAAUGAAAUGUUGUAAUUAUGAUCCAAAUGAUAGACCAUCAUUUACCGAUAUUGUACAGACAUUAGAUCAAUUGGCAAUAAAAUUAGUAAAAGAAACUCCUGACGGUCCAUAUCCUUCUACUCCAAUUGUAGUUUCAAAUCCUCAUUUUGAUGAUCAAUCAAUAAAUGAUUGGUGCAUGUUAUCAUUAAUACCAGAUGAUUGUUUAGAGAAUUUAAAUGAAUUUGCUGAAAUUGAAAAUAAUAUAAAUAAUAAUAAUAAUAAUAAUAAUAAUAAUAAUAAUAAAAAUAAUAUUAAUAAUAAUAAUAAUAAUAAUAAUAAUAAUAAUAAUAAUAAUAAUAAUAAUAAUAACUGUAAAGUUAUUUGUGAAAAUUGUGCAUCUCCACAAAGUACAAGUAGUGUAAAUAGUUCAUUUAGUAAUAGUAGUUUAGGAAGUAAUGGUAGCAAUAGUAGUGGAACAAGUACAAGUAGUGGAGGGAAAAAAAGAUCACAAAAAAGAAAAUCAUGGAAAUGUUUAAUUAAUUAA